CCCAGGAGCCGUCCGACUGUGUUCAACGAGGGUUCGUUUUGUUCGCAAUGAGGACCCUCAGGACAGAAUAAAGUACUCAGAACGUAAUAUCUUCGCGAGGUACUCCAAUUUAAAAAAAAACGUUCUACAACCCGCGGAACCCGAGACAUUCAUCCGACAACAGCCGCUGAGCCAGAUGUUCUCCCUAUCUUGUGUCGUUACAAUGGACCGUGCAAGAAGCCCACACUACUGCACUGGUUUUUCGAUAAAAAAACUGCAAUUGAAGAUUAUCGAAAAAUUUUUUUAAAUGCAACUAACCGGGUAUCCAUUAUGUAACGUCACGGACGUUUCCCGGCCCUUUCUUAGACGUUGCCGUUAACUGCUCACUAGCCACUACGUAGUAUUAAUUCCUUGUUCUGUUGGUUCUGUCCAUAGAUUGGGGUUUUGUCAAAUAAACGUAUGAAUAAAUCAAAUAAAUCAUAUGGAAUUUGGGAGUAUGUGGAGUAUGAAACGUUGCGCUAGUGUUUGUUUAAUCUUGUUUCAAAUUCAAUAAAAUGUGAAACGAUAGUGUUACUGUGUGGUUUUGGUAUUAUGUGAUUAUAAUAUAAGGCAUACGUUUUCUACACUUUUUGAUUUUCAUUCAAGACUUAUAUAAAAAUGUAAUUUGACGCCAAUUUAACUGCAAUUAUAUUCUUAAGUAUAAGCUUGUUUUUAUCGAAUAAAGAACAAAAAUGUUAAAUCAAGUAUCAGUUGAAGCUGUUUACUCUGCUACCUAUGUUGAGAAUUAUUUGGAUUGUGUGGAAAAUUUACCAGAUGAUUUGCAGCGCCUUAUUUCAAGAAUGCGUGAACUUGAUGUCUACUAUCUGGCUCGCGUUAGAGAAGCUGAAUAUCAAUGUGAAAUAUGGAGAACAAUCAGCAAAGAGAAUUUAUCAAAAAAGACAAAGUCAUUCGCAAGAAUGCAACAAGCACUUAUUGCAGCUCAAGAAUUAGGAGAUGAAAAGAUGAACCUUCUUCAGAGCAUCCUGGACAAAAUAGAGAUGAAGACAAGGUUGCUUAAUCAGGACUUUAAGAAUUUAGAUUUUGGAAAAGAAGAGUCUACUGUGGACACUAAAGAACAGCAGCCAACUUCUAACAAUACUUCCACGUCAACUUCUUUGUGUCAGAAUGAACGUCCCAUCAAACGUUUAAGAAGAACUAGACAUGAUACAUUAACAGGAAUCGAUCCUAUCAGUGAUGGUAACAGUGGGGAUCUGAUGGUGAGAAACCAGACUAAUGUGAGUUGUGCUCACACUAAUAACAUGAGAAAGUCAAUUAAUGGUAAAAAGAAGAAACGCAAAUCACGACAAAUCCAAACAUCUCAACGCGAAGAUUCUCCUCCCAAGGAAGAAGAGACUGCAAUUGAUCCAAAUGAACCUACAUAUUGUCUGUGUGAUCAAAUUUCAUUUGGUGAAAUGAUAAUGUGUGAUAAUGAUUUGUGUCCAAUUGAGUGGUUUCACUUUUCUUGUGUGACACUAAGUACAAAACCUAAGGGUAAAUGGUUUUGUCCCAAAUGUCGUGGCGAUAGACCUAAUGUUAUGAAACCUAAGGCGCAAUUUUUAAGAGAGCUAGAGAAAUAUAAUAAGGAGAAAGAGGAAAAAACAUAGUCCGAAAGAAAAUUGAAAGAAGUUCUUCAAUAACAUAAAUAUAUGCUGUUGCAUUUGCAAAUAACUACAAUUUUUAUUUCUCAAGUAAAGUGUAUUUUUUCUAUUUUAAAUAAACUUUCAAAAGUCGG